CAUACUUUUAACACUCGACCACUUAUCAUUUUUGCAGCUAGCUGUGCCUCCAGUUAUAUACAUUGUUGUAUUAUUUAUUGCAGUUUAUUAUAAUUAGUGAAAAUGGAAGAAACCUUCUCGGAUGUUAACCCAAGCUAUCCAACAAAUUCAAGCCAAAAUACCAAAACAAUCGCAGGCGAUGAAACCAGAAUUGCAACCAAAGCACAACCAAAAUUCAAUCCUGAAGAUAUGUUCUAUGAUAUGUCCGGAGAUAAAUAUCUUGUGAUAUUUAAUCACACUAAAUAUAAAACGACGAGAUAUUUUCAUUUUCAAACUCCGACACCACGAAAAGGUACGGAAAAAGACGUAGAAUCACUCAAGAAAACUUUUUCCAACUUAGGAUACAAGGUGCUAACUUACCAUGACUUGGAUCACGGCGAAAUACUUAACAAGGCGUUGGAAAUAAGUCGUAUGGACCACACUACAACGUCUUGUCUAUGCUUCGCGAUUCUCACUCACGGUGACAAGGGCGGGCAACUGUUCGCGUCGGACCGGCCGUACCAGUUUAGUGACGUCACAAAGAUGCUGGAAAACGGAGACCAGAGUUUAGUCAAUAAACCCAAACUCUUUUUCAUACAGGCUUGUCGCGGUGGUGACAUGGACGAUGGCAGGACGGUUCAGUUGGACGGCGACGAUGACCUCACAUUCCACGUCCCCUCGCACGCAGAUUUCUUCACUAUGUACUCUAGUGUUGAAGGUUAUGCGGCAUUCCGUACAGCAUUAGGCUCCUUCUUGAUACAAGAGCUUUGCCAAGCGAUCGACAAGUAUCACGACGCAUUAGACGUACUACACAUAGCGACAGCUGUCAACAGAAGAGUGGCAUACGAAUAUAGCACUUAUACUCCUAGUAAUAAGAACACGCACAACAAGAAACAGAUGCCCGAAGUGCGGUAUACUUUGACUAAAUUGUUUAAGUUUUGAAAAAAAUAUUUAUUUCUUUAAAAAUAUGUGUUGUAAUCAAUAGAUUUAUGUAAAAACUGUGUAACUGAAUGAAAUAAUAAAAUCACUUAGGUGUUAAAUCGCUUUAUUAUUCAACAAUUUACGUAAUCAAAUCUAUCAAAGUCCAUUGAUUGUCUAAUUUUGUUCAUAUAUCGUAUGAAAAAGCGAUAAGAUUAAAAAAAUAGAUUUAAUGUUGAUACAGACAUAUUAUAACAGUAAUAACAUAUAGCUAAAGUAACAUAA